UUGCAGCUGGAACGAGAUAACAUCAAUUCACAAGUUACAAAGCUCAAGCAACAAUUGCAGAAGGAUACUAGAUUAUUCCGCGAUGAGGAAACGAAACUGAAAACCCGUUUGACCUUAUUGGAACAGGAAAAUAAUAGGCUGGAGCAGGAAUUGCAUGAUAUUUCUGAAAAAUGCCUGGAAGCUGAAAAGCUAAAUGAAGUUUUACAGAAAGAAUUACAGAUUGUUCCUGAUCUAAAUCAAAAGCUUGCAGACAUGGAAUCCCAACUUACUGAACUUCAAGAACAACAGCAUCAGUCUUUACUGCAAGAGUUAGAAUCUCAUAAGAAAACAAAUCAAGAGUUACUCGAUAAAAUUGAUGAAUUAACCUUGGAGAUGGAAAAUAUUCAUCAGAACUCGUUAGUCGAAUCUUCAGCAAGUCCUGGGGUUAGAAGAACACAUUCUUGGUUGUCUGAUUAUAAAAAGGAGUCUUCUACUGCUGGCAAUAAGCGACGUGGCAGUGGUUCCUCAUCAGAUGAUAUGUCAGAUGAUGAAAGCCCAACCAUUGGAAAGCUAAGGAAGACAUUCUUUUCAGAAGGAAAAUUAACUCCAGAAUUGGAUUUUGAAGAAGCCUGUAACAAAAAGUCUUCACGGAAGGGAAACCAGCCUAGUUCAUUGGAAAUAUUAGUUAAAGAUAUGAUGAUCAACCAAUCUUGUUUAAUGAAAAAGCUUCAAGUUUCAGAAGAAAAGCAAUUGAUGUUUGAAAGAUUAUAUAAACGUUCUGAGAACAAAAAUAAAAUGCUAAAUAGUCUUAUACGUGAUAUGUCAACUGCCAUGGCUUAGUAUUUUGUACUUUCCUUCAGGGCAUUAUUUUUAACUUAAAAACAUUCCAAUGGUUUGAGUCCCCCCUUGUUCA